UUGAAUUAGUGCCUCUUGAUGUGACUUCCUAUCCUGAAGGAUUGUUGUACAUGUGGAUAAUACGAAGAAAACGAAUAAUGAGAGACCAUAUCAUUACAUAUGUUAAUUGGCAGUAGGCCAAGUUGUAGGUGCUCAUGUUGAUGUGCUUGUUUCGGUUGUCAAGGAAGUGCGGAGCUCCUUACUUACCAGCAACUGGCAGUCUUGUUCAAUUACCCUUUUUCUUUCUAACAUUGAUUAGUCUGGCUGUGGUCAUCUUGCAUGAUGUGUAUCUGUGGUGAAAGUGGCGAGCAGCACCUCUCCCUCUUACCUUCUUCCUGGGUCAGACCCCAUCCUCCUCCCUCUCCCUAAAGCUUCCCCUGGACACUGGCCCUCCUAAGCCCCCAAUAUGGCUGACAGGAAGGAGCCACCAUUUUACAAUGAUGACAAUGUGGGAUCCUUCCACUACAAGCUGCCCUUCUACGACACCAUGGAGCUCUUUAUAGAGACCCUGACAGGAACUUGCUUCGAACUGCGCGUCUCACCAUUCGAAACCGUCAUAUCAGUCAAGGCCAAGAUCCAGAGGCUGGAAGGCAUUCCUGUUGCCCAGCAACAUCUGAUCUGGAACAGUCUAGAGCUGGAGGAUGAGUACUGUCUGCAUGACUACAGCAUUGCCGAAGGCUGUACUCUGAAGCUGGUCUUGGCCAUGAGGGGAGGUCCCAUCAACACUAGGAGAGUGGCCAUGGAGGACCCAGGGAAGGAGAUGUCUGACCUGAUGGAUGGGUGCAGGGAGGAGGGCUGGGAGAAGAGCCUGCCCAACAAGCAGGUCACCUUCCUGGUAUACCGUGAGGGGGACCAGCUCAACUUUUUCCGCGUUGUGGACAGAGGGGACGGCACUCUGACCCCCGUCUCUGAAUCACUCAGUGGUGGUUCUGUCUGUAAUGUUUAUGGUGAGGAGGAGGAUGAUGGGGAAGGCUCGCUGGCUGGUCAGCAGACCCUGGAGAACUCCAUCACCAUGAACAAAAUGAAGCUGCUCAAAGCCAAGAUGGAGGACAUGAACCUCAACAAGAAGCCCAAGAAGUCUGCUAAAUUGAAACCUCGGCCCCCUGUCGGUCCUCGGCCCUGUAGCAACUCCAUCCCCCUGAGCACAAGAAAUCAUCGACUCUUCCACGUCCUUCCCCAGAUCAACCAUUCCUAUCACUCCAACAUGCAGUUACCUCCAAUCAGAGACCACGGAUCCAUAAGCCCCUCUCGUCUUGGUACUGCUGUCCCCUCUGCUCAUUUGUCGAUUACCAGACGUGCCCCGCCUACUUUCACCUCCUCGUCCUGUUACAUGCUUCAGGAGGAGGAGCCAUGGGAUUCAGGUGCCGCCUUUGCGAAGAUCCGUCCCCCACCUAAAGUUUCUCGGUUGGACAUUGGCGGCACCAGACUCAUGAGGGAUUGUGUGUAUCCACAGCUGCCUGCCCUCUCUACCAGGGGCCAGGCUGACGGAGCUAUGGAGGGCAAUGACGCCAUAGGGAAUGCUCUAGGAGUGGGCUUGGCAGAGGAUGUUGUUGGCCUGAAGGACCCCUUAGUGUCAGGGGACUUAUAUGGCGACCUACUCUCAGACCCUUUGAGUCUGGAUGUGUCUACCCCAGAGAGAGGCCAGGGGAGUCUGGAGGGUUUAGGGCCCCUGGACGUAGGGGUUCAGCACCAGCUAGCUUCCACCCCUACGCUGCUUUCUCAGGCAGUGGGCUCUGGAAGUCUAGGUACCUUGGAGCUAGGACCUGCUGAUGGUUUAGCCAGUAGAGGUGAGAGGACACAGCUAGGCAACGCCUUCCAUAUUAGCCCUGCCGCUCCACCCCUCUCCACCACCUCUCCAGUCCUUGCCACGAGACAGUUGCCUCAGCCCUUUGAGUUCACCACCUCCACCCUACUGUGCCCCAGCCCCCCAACACGGUCCAGCACUUGGCUGAAGCCUGAUGGCACAACCCCACUCCCCACCUCUCCUUCACGCACCUCUCAUUUGCAUGGCAUCAAGGUGGACUCUCUGAGCAAAUGUCCAGAGAUGAUCUCCAAGAGUGAUGCUAGGGACAUCACUUUGAUGGCCAACCAGGCCUCUAAAGAACCUGUGGGAUCACUCCGAAAAUCGGACCUGUUGGCUCUGGCAUCCAGGACUGCGGACAAAGGCAGGGAAUCCCUCAGUCAAAGCCUGGGGCUUGGGUUAGGGCUGCCUGCCGUCGGUGCUUCUGGACUGGGCCGAUUGGGCUCCAUGGUCCCCUCCAACAUCCACCUCCUCCAGGAUGAUCUCAUCAGACGUAUGUCUCCCUUGCACAGAGCAGCAGCCUCUUACAUGUCCCCAGCUACUCUUGGAUCAGCUGGUGGAGCUUCCUGCUCAAUAAGGAAAUUAGGCACCCCAUCGUAUCACCUACCUCCAGUGAAAGCUCCUUUAUGCGGUAAGAAGAAGAACUUCAAGCACUGCUUUCUCUGUGGGAAGAAGACUGGCCUGGCCAACAGCUACGAGUGCAGGUGUGGAAACAAUUUCUGUGCCACCCACCGCUAUGCAGAGACCCAUGACUGCACCUAUGACUACAAGAGCACUGGAAGACGGUUCCUUCAGGAAACAAACCCCAUCAUCAGCGCUCCUAAACUUCCCAAGAUCUAACCCCUCACAAACAGGCCCCCUCACACUGCUUUGGAGGGAAGGAUGAACUGAACUACAGAUUUAGUGAAUUAACAAUAAUAAUAAAAAAUAAUAAAAGGAAAUUAGCUUUUCACCACUGUGCUUUCUAUCACCAAGUUUGCUGAAAUCAUGUCGACAAGCCAAGUUUGAAUAGGACAGAACAGCACAGGCAAGGUAGCUAUUCCCUUUUGACAAUGUGAUUGAUCCGAUUUUCCCUGUUGACUUUCUUACCCCAUAGCAAAAAGAAAAAGUGUGCAUGUAUAUAGGUCUUUUUUUGUUACAUUAUAUGCACGAUAUCAAGCAUUUAUCUAUUUUUUAUUCUGUUUGUUGGGUGUUUUGUUUUCUUAAAAUAGGAUUCAUGCGACAAGUCUUUGAGAGAUGCACUUUAGAAUUAUUAUAUUUGUAUAUCAAUGUUUGACUUUUUCCUCAUGUGGUCUAGGGUCUUGCAUUACCGUGUUUGUCUUUGUAUGAAGUGUUUUUACAUUGUCAGUUAUCUUUUAUUUUAUUGUAUUGAUGUUCAGAGCCACACUCUAUUUCCCUGUUACUAUGGGCACAUACACAAUGGACAUACACAGCCUUCACUGGAAAUAAUUGUUUUUAUUUUAAAAUGGGGAAAAUACUGUACACUCCUUUUUAGUUAGAUGCUUUGAGACGAGGGUUUCCCGCAGCACUUUUCAGUUAAGGCGGUAAAAAUAUCAGCCGUUACUCAGUCUUGUUUUCUCCCUUCCAUUCCAAAACGCCAGUCUCCCUUCUCUGCAAAACGCAUUAGUCUAGUGCACAAACUAGUGCCCCCCCCCCCCCCCCUGGUCUGAUGGCAAACCCCACCCUACCACCUUAACUAACACAUUUUCUGCUGGAAACCCUGGAGACAGAGUAGUUCAUGUUCAGUUUUGACAUAAGUAUGCAAGUGGUAUAAGUAUGUUAGCUGCAUACUUUGAGGAGAUGGGAGAAAGGGCUUCCUGUUUGUCAAUAUGAACUAAAGUGAAUGCCAUUAGAAGUGUUUUGUAAGAUUGGUUUUUCUUUGGUUAAAAGGAAACUGCACAGCUUUUAAGUGCGGUCACAGUGACAAUUGGCGUUUGAUUUAAUAAAUUGUUUGUAUCCAUACAUAUGUGCUUGUUUUAAACAUUCUAAUCAUCUACAGUAAUGGUGUUUCUUUAAGCAGUCAUUGAGCGCAACUAAUGUGUAGUACAUUAUUUAUUUCUAUAACUUCUAUUAUUUAAUUACAUUUGUUUGUUGUGCUGCCUGUUCUCCACACCUGCAUCCAUUUCUUAGCAACAAGCUAGGUAUUAUUAACCUCUGGAAUAUGCAAUUUGCCGUCAUAGGUAGUGUUAGUCCUCAAUAUGAUGUUUUGACUUUGACGAUAGCACUCGUGUGGUAACAAAACACGAUAUAGAGUAUUUCUAACCAGGACAGGAUUUAAUGGGGAUAUAGGUAGACCCGUCUAACAUUCACUAUUCAGAAGCCAUUGACAUCGAUACUGAAGCAGUGAGAUGGAAUAAAUAAUACAUUUAGUGACUGGAAUGCAGAUGUCCAUAUUUUCCAUCUCAGUGAACACAAUAUCUCAUGUAUGGAUUAAGUGGUCACACCCUUGAACUGCCAUUGUCUUGGAAUGUCUGUGCAUGUUUGAGAAGUGGGAAACUAAGAUGAGGUAAAGGGAAUCGAGAGCCCGUUUCCCAGAUGCUGGACAAGACUACGUCCAGGGAGUCUAGUUCUGAUAUAGUCUCCUAGAAUGUGAGGAAUUAGCCUGGAGAGUAGAAGACAGCUAUAAAAAAAUUGAUUAUCCUGCCAAUAAAAGUGGAAGGUGGGUGUGUGUACUCAUUGGUAUUCUAAACAGAUCUACCCUGUCAGGGUUUAACUGCUCAGUGUAUUUGUGGAUGCUCUACAAAAUAAAUCAGAUUAAA